CCGAUGGAGCUGAAGGAUAUUUUAAAAGUUCUAGAGGAAUUGGCACCCCUCUCGCUGGCUGAGCCGUGGGACAACGUGGGCCUGCUGGUGGAGCCGAGCAAGCCACGGCCUGUCAAGAAUGUCCUUCUGACCAACGACCUCACCAAGCCAGUCAUGGAGGAAGCGCGGACCCGAAGCUGCGAUCUGAUCGUGUCCUACCAUCCGCCGAUCUUCCGACCGAUUAAAAGUCUGGUCCAGAAGGACUGGAAGCAGCGUUUGGCUAUCCAAGCCGUUGAGGCCGGUAUCGCCGUCUUCUCUCCUCACACAUCUUGGGACAGUGUUAAUGGAGGAGUUAACGACUGGUUGGUUGGAGGACUUGGUGGCGGUCAGGUGUCAGUGCUGAAUCAGGCCAAUGUGGACUUCCCUUACAGUCACAUAGUGGAAUUCCAAUGCAAAGAUAAUGUAUUAGAUGUUCUCCUGAAGCAAUUCCAGGCUUUGGAUGGAGUUUUAGUACAAGAUCCAUUCAGUUGUAGUUCCAACCAGACUCAAGUCAACCUAUACUGCAGAGCUUCAGUCCUAGGUGCGGUUGUUGAGAAAGUCGCAAAAGACAUCGCUUGUGACAGGUCUCUCCGCAUCGUAAAGGCAGAAAAGCAAAAGUAUAAAAUUGCAAAGUACAUCCCCUGGUCGGGACACGGUCAGGGUCGCCUCAGUGUUUUGGACCAACCGGUCACCGUGGCAAUAGCAGUGAACAAAAUGAAAUCCCACUUGGGUUUGCGGCACCUCCGUUUGGCCCUUGGACAGGGACGCACGCAAGAAUCCAUUAUACGUACCGUGGCCGUCUGUGCCGGAUCGGGAGCCUCGGUGCUGAAUGGCGUUAAAGCAGACCUCUACGUCACCGGUGAAAUGUCCCACCAUGAGGUGUUGGAUGUGGUUGCCAAAGGAACCAACGUCAUCCUCAGUGACCACAGCAACAGCGAACGUGGCUAUCUGGCGGUUUUCCGAGAGAAACUAACUGAAAAGAUGCCUGCUGAUGUCGUCGUGACGUUGUCUGACGCUGAUAGGGACCCUCUGGAGGUGGUCUGA